AUGGUCGACAAGUCUGAUAACGAUGCUCUUGAGGCGCAAUUUGAGUCGCAAUUCCAAAAGCCUGGCGAUCUCGUCGAGCGCGACGAUGACACCGGCCUCAUGCAGGUUGAGAGUCUCUGCAUGAACUGCCAUAAGAACGGAAUUACCCGCCUUCUGCUGAUCAGGAUUCCCUACAUUAGCGACUGCAUUCUCGAGAGCUUCAGUUGCGAACAUUGCAAUUUCUCCGACAACAGCAUCAAGUCGGCUGGUGAGAUUCAGCAGCGCGGCUCCAAGUACACCCUGGUUGUUGAGAAUGAGCAGGAUCUCUCUCGUCAGGUUGUCCGCAGCGACUUCUCCACCUUCACUGUACACAUCACCAACGACAUCGAAUUGCCUCGUGGCAAGGGCCAGUUGACCAACGUGGAGGGUGUCAUUCAGCAAAUCCACGAAGGAUUGUCAGGAGAGCAGGAGCUUCGCAAGGAGCAAGCCCCGGAACUACAUGAUGCCCUUGUUCCCAUCAUUGCACGCCUCAAGAAGAUCCUGGAUCGCGACGAUGCUUUCCCUUUCACCGUCUCGCUGGAUGAUCCCACCGGCAAUUCGUGGAUCGCGCCCAACACCUCCGAUCGUGGCCUCAAGUACAAGCGCCAGGAAUACCCCCGUACCCACGAACAGAACGAAGAGCUCGGUAUCUCCAACGAUGCGAACGCAGUGGCCGCUGAAACCUCCGAAAUGGACGCCGGAAACCCGGAUGAUCUCGACAUUGUCGACGGUCAGGUCUACACUUUGCCCGCUGAAUGCCCCGGCUGCACCAAGCCCUGUGAAGUUCGGAUCAAAAAGAUCUUCAUUCCCCAUUUCAAGGACGUUAUGAUUUUCGCCACCCACUGUUCUCACUGCGCUUUCCGAAGCAGUGAUGUCAAGACUGGCGGUGAAGUCCCCGAGAAGGGCAGACGCAUCACUCUCCAGGUCAACAGCAUUGUUGAUCUCUCCCGUGAUAUCCUCAAGUCUGACACUUGCGCACUCCGCAGUGAAGAGCUGGAUCUUUCCGUUGAGCCCGGCACUCUAGGUGGUCGUUUCACGACUGUCGAGGGUAUUCUGACCGAGGUGAAGGACCAACUAGAGGGUAACGUGAUGGACACCGUCAACGGCGGUGGAGACUCCAUGCCUUCCGACGACAAGGUGAAGUGGGAGCGCUUCUUCGACCGUCUCGACCAGGCCAUCAAGGGCAACCUGAAGUUCGUCAUCACUCUUGAGGACCCCAUGGCCAACAGCUAUGUCCAGGAUCUGUGCUCGCCAGCUGUCGACCCCCAGAUCACCAUCGAGGAGUACACUCGUACUGCUGAGGAGGAAGACGACCUCGGUCUAACUGAUAUGAAGACUGAGGGCUAUGAGCAGGACGAGGAGAAGAAGGAGGAGUAA